AUGGUGAAUGACAAUGGUGGUGUUGAAACUUGUGAAUCUUCCAAAGUUACUCCCAGUGCAUUGGUUUAUAAUCAUCCCCUCUUUCUCAGCCCCUCGGAUGUAAGUGAAAUUCAAAUUAUCUCAUUCCAGUUAUAUGGGGUUGAAAAUUUCUCAAUAUGGUUUAGAUCCAUGCGUAUAGCUUUAUUAGGGAGAAAUAAGUUGGGUAUUGUUGAUGAACAUGCUCUAACGAUAAAUUCUCUACUGAAUUGGGAAAUCACUCGGAAAGGAGAGUUACUAGGUGGAAUAAUGUAUGCUUCAGUUGCAAGUGUGGUCUGGAAUGAGCUGUAUGAGAGGUUUAAUAAGAUUGAUGGGGCUAGAACCUUUUAUCUACAUAAAGAGAUAGCUACAUUGUCUCAAGGAACUGCUUCUGUUUCAGUGUAUUUCUCAAAACUAAAAGAUUUGUGGGAAGAAUUUGAGGCUCUUGUGCCUGCACCUAGGUGUGAAUGUGAAAAAUCAAAGGAGCAUGUGUUACAUUUGUAA